GCCCAUGUGCCAGUAGCCCGUGCCGUGUGGGUGUGGCUGUGGGUGCGCGUUCUCCCCAGUCCCCCACCUCGCCGCCUUUUCCCCGCGUGCUCUCUCUCUCGGCGACGACCGCCGCCGCCCUUCGCCAGGUUCCCAGGGCUUCGUCGGGCCCUUCUCCGGCAACGAGCACCGACAAGCAGAUUUUGUUUGUAAAGAUUGUGAGAGCACCAUUCACUUUUCAUUAGUGAAGUUCAACACUUCAAGCAUGAGUAGCUCUCACCGUGUGAAGUGGAAUGAGGACAAUCUGUAUGAAAUUGAGUCAAACAAACCAGUCAGGCAGAAGAUAACAGAGCCAAAGACACCAUAUCACCCUAUGAUAGAUGAUGAUGGGUCACUGUCGCCAACACGUCCUUUCGACAAAUGUCUCGAUGAGACUGUCCAGGCUGAAGCUAUCUUAACAGCCUUAAAUGGUGUGGCUUCUUCAAGCAAUAGCAAUUCAAAGGAUGACGGUUGGGGAUCGUCAGAUGAUGAUACAGACGCAAUAGAACAAGAUGAUGACCCAGAAGCUGACACAACAAGAUUGAGUUUCAAGGAGCAUCGCCGUGCCCACUACGAUGAGUACCGCAAAGUUAAGGAACUGAUGAGCACUGGAUCCCUUACUGUUGAGGAGGCUGAUGAGGAUAACAGAGCUGCCACCAGCUCCGAAUACAAAGGUGUGGGGAAAAGAGCAGCGAACGACGACAUGAAGUCCUCACCGCAAACAUGAGAGUUCAUAUGAAUGUUCUGAUUCCUCUUAUUUACAAAGCUAGGACAGCCCUUCGUGGCCGAAGCAUGCAGUUUGCCUAAGUAAGCUAACAGUGCUUCGUGUGUGCUGGAUCAGUGAUUUGGCAUUGGGUGCUUUAUUGUAUCAUUGUAUGUGCAAUACAGUUGCUACUCUUGUUUUGUUUUGUUUUGAGAUGCUUGUGUGCCAAAAUGGCUUUGAUGACCGAGAAUUGUAGUGGAGUUGGCUGUUUGGUGGAAUGGUCGUUUGCUCCAUUUGGUUGGUGACUCAACAUUUUCAAUUGAGAUAAUAUGUUUCAACUAGAGCAAACUGCUUGAUGCUGAA